AUGCCUCGGGGAAAAGACAGCGGGAGUUGGAAAAAGAUUAAACCCGCAGGAGCAGCGCCGGGUUCCUAAAAGCCACGCGGCUCUUUCCACGUUGCCAACCGCGUUUGUGCAUUCAGUACGCGCCUCUUCCUCACGAGGUCUGCGUAAUCCUCUAGGGGCAUCCGGUGCAGACUUACUUAAGAGUAAGUCCCAUGAAGCCGCGUGGGAAUGAAAGGAAAAACAACAAAACGCAGGGUUGCAGUCUUGCGAGGGCGCCUGGCGUCGUCCUUUUUUUUGGAGUGGGACUUUCUCUGAAUGUGCCCGAGAAUAGCUUUUUGCGGACGGCGUUUUAAUUCCCAAACAGCUAUUCCUCCCCACGCAGCCCAAAAAUAGUAUAUUUUUGUCACAAUCCUAAUUGACAACAGGGAGGAAGCUCUAGGAUGCCGCCUGCAAAACGCAGGCAAGAACGACGGUGGGCGCCGAAGUGGCUCGGGCCAUGCGAGGCAGUCAGAUUCUCAAAUAGCCCCCGCCCCUUUCGCGUUGGCUUGGCUUGGUAACCGUCUUGGUGAUGCAACAGAUCAAGAGUGCGACCUGCGGAUUACCUUGGAAAAGGUGGUUUGCGCUUCGUAAAGCAGCCGGGAGAGGAUUGGCGUCUUAACAUGGGGGAUGUCAAACUGGUAUCGACUCAGAUCUCCAAAGCGACCUUAACUUUGAACCACUCUUCUCUAAGAACUCCCACUGCAACAGAAGCACCAGCAUUUAUUCUAUCUCCACGAAAUAUCCAGGUGCCAAUCGGAGGCACAGCAAAAUUUGAAGGACAGGUUAGAGGCAACCCUGAACCUCAGAUCACAUGGUACAGAAAUGAGCACCUUGUCACAGGAGAGCGCUGUGUAGCAAAUUGCAGCAUCGGAGGGAUUUUCAGCUUGAUGAUUAAAGGGGUGAAGGAGGAAGAUGGUGGUCUGUAUACAUGUCAGGCCAGAAAUGCUGGUGGGAUUCGCCAGGUGACUGUGGAAUUGACAGUGGAAGGAAAAGUUUUGAAGAAAUAUACCUUGCCUUCCAGUUCCAAAAGUUCUGGGGGUCAGUCUACUGUUCUACCUAUAGAACAACGGCCCAGCAUCUGGGGCGAAUGUCCACCCAAGUUUGCUACAAAACCCAACCGGGUUAUUGUACGAGAAGGACAGAAUGGUAAAUUUUCCUGUAAGAUAACAGGGCGACCCUCAGCCUCGGGUCAUUUGGUUCAAGGAUGAAAUUCAGGUGCAGAAAAAAUGAUCGUUUUAACAUGUUCGAGGAAAGCAGGCAUCCAGUUUUUGGAAAUCCAAAAUGUUCAGCUG